AUGUGUGCACAACAAGAAAGGAACAUUACAGAUAUUGCGAAAGUCCUUAACACACCCACCUCCUUUCCGGUUCGCCGUUCAAACAACCUAAAUGAGUUCACUAUGCAGUCACGCCUCAUAAGCGAGGAGGAAGCUAGGAAUCGUGCCAGAUGGUUUCGCGUUAAUCUCACAGGUCCGCUGAAAAAUUUUCCCCGCAACAUCUGCUACCUAACCUACAUCACGACAUUGGUGAUUAAGAAUAACAACUUGGAGCGCCUACCGCCAGAACUGGGGAACUUGGUGAACCUUGUCAAUUUGGAUGCCAGUUACAAUCGAUUGAAGGUUUUGCCAUCCACCAUUGGUGAGCUCACCGAUCUCAGAGCUCUGAUUCUCAAUGACAACCAAAUAUCAGAUCUCCCCCUCGAGGUUGCUCGUCUGCUAAACCUUAGGCUCUUAAAUCUUCAGAACAACCCCUUGAGUCAGGAGUCGGCGGCUCUCUAUGGAGACGGAACUGAGUCCUUUGUUCGACGAUUGGUACGGCAUUACCUCGACAUCUACUCGCGGCAGCACAUCGGCUCCGCCCCUCCUCAUCGACAGUGGCGUCAGUUUGGGACUCCCUCGAGGAAUGGAUACCGACUCACGGUGAUGUGCUACAACGUUCUGAGUGCCAACUACGCGACUCACUCGCAGUACCCCUAUUGUCCCAGCUGGGCCAUUGAUUGGGAGUAUCGACGUAGGGGCAUCCUGGAGGAGUUGCGGCAAUACGAGCCGAACAUAAUUUGUCUGCAGGAGAUCGACACUGACCAAUUUGAGACGGUAUUUGUACCGGAGCUGGCAAAAAAUAACUAUGAGGGUGUAUUUUUGCCCAAGUCGCGCUCACGUACAAUGGAACCUGCAUUGGCACGUAAAGUGGACGGUUGUGCCAUUUUCUGGCUUUCGGAGAAGUUUACCAAGGUGGCUGAAUUCCACCACGAAUUCAUGAUCUCCUGCUCCUCCGUCGCUGACCAUCCCUCUCCUCUACUUAUCAACCGGGUCAUGACUCGCGACAAUGUCGCCAUUGGUGUUGUUCUGGAGAUUAAGAACUCAGGUACGAAUGGUCGGAGGUUCUGUGUAACCACGGGUCACAUCCACUGGGAUCCGGAGCAUUCCGACGUGAAGUUGAUUCAGGCCAUCUUAUGGACUGCCGAGUUGUGGUCCCGUUUGGAACGGUUCAAUGGCGACUGUGAAAAACCGGGCUUGGGUGCCUCUCGAAUGCCCGUGAUCCUUUGUGGGGAUUUCAACUCUCUACCAGAUUCGGGUGUGGUCGAGUACCUCUCCACAGGUAGCGUUCCCACCACCCACGUCGAAUUCCUCAAUUUCGGCUUUAAUUACCAUUUUGAAGACUGGAAGUUGCUCGAGAAAUGGGCUUACGAAGGCAAUAUUUUGCGUCAUCGUUUCAACUUUGAUCGAGCUUAUCGUGGCAACGCCAAUGACGGAAUGAGGGUCACCAACUUGACGUACGACUUUAAGGGAAUGAUCGACUACAUCUUCUUUUCUCGAAACCACUUCCGCCUUUUGGGAAGUCUGGAUCAGAUCCCCGACUCUUGGUUUGUGGAAGAGCGAGUUUUGGGCUGUCCACACAUUCACGUGCCUUCGGACCACUUCUCACUACUGGUGGAGCUGGAUCUGUUGGGACAGCCUGGUCGCGGUCUGGCUAUCUCGGAUCCCGCUGAGUCUCUCGUUCCUAUUUCUAGUGCGCCUCUGGUAGCGGCAGCAUCCGCAACCGCAUCUACAACCGCCCCUACCGAUACGACCUCUAUGGUCACCAAUAUCAGUAGCACUACUCCCACUACCGCCACUUUAAGCACGGCGAGUUCUGGCGCUAUUGGAUCUACGUCUACUGGCACCACUGGCAGCACCACCUCUGCUAGCAUGUCAGGUGCAGCCGCAAGUACAGCAACAGCCUCCUCUGCCACGAACAGUCCAAAGCCAAAGGGAUCCUCUGGUGGUCCCUCCGGGCUCCUCUAUUCCGGUUUGCGGUGUAAGAUGUUGCACGGAGUUGGUGUUUUAACUGGCGAGACUGUCGAUGACUGCAAGUGUUGUCAGAAGCGGUGCUGUGAGGAUAGUCGGUACGGAAUGAGGGUUGAGGCCUGGUUGGCAGCAGCAGGCUCUUUGCUGAACCGAUGUGAGAUGGCAAAGGAGGGCUUGUGA